CAAAAUCAAAACUCAAGCCCAAAAAAAAAAAAAAAAACUCAAGCCAAAAAAAAAAAAAAAAGAUGGGAGAAGUGAGAUUAUUUAUUGAUUUUGAUGAUGAUCAAUAUUUGUUGUAUCCAUCAAUUUCUUCAGCAGAAAUUAUAUUUUGUAGAAUAUGUCAUGAAGCAGAGUUUGAAAGCUCUAAAACCAUGGAGUCUCCCUGUUCUUGUUCUGGUACAGUAAAGUUUGCUCACAGAGAUUGCAUACAGAGAUGGUGUGAUGAAAAGGGCAACACCACUUGUGAAAUUUGUCUUCAGGAAUUUGAACCUGGAUACUCAUCUUCUCUAAAACUCAUCCAAAACCAUAGCAGAAUAGUAAGUUUGGAGGCGCCUGAAACUGAGGUUACUUCUGCCAUUAUUGUUCAACAAGAAAGGACUGCUGAAGCAGAAUACCCGCAGUGUUCGUCCACCGCUGAUACAAGCGCUUAUAUAUGCAGAUUUUUUGGUCUUGUUGUUACACUACUUCUACUAGUGAGACAUUUGUGUGUCUUGUGGCUUGAAGGAACAGGGGAUUACCCGUUUACGCUUUUAACUUUGUUGAUUAUGAGGGCUAGUGGGAUAAUAAUCCCUAUGUACAUACUCAUCCGCACGGUUGACGCCAUCCACAAGACCAUCACAAGUCGUUAUCAGGUUCCGGAUGAUGGCAAUCAACGGCAAGCAGUAUAGAUUGAUUUACGAUGGAUAUAUCACCAUAUACAUGUACAGUAAAACUUAUAUAAAAUAAAACUUUCGCAAUGGUUGUUUCAUGUUA